AACUUUUUUAUGAGCUACUGGACCAAGUUUUACCACAUCACUCCUUCAACCUCAAUGUCAUCUUCUCCAACAGCAAACCCUAGGCUUCACUGGGAGCAAACCCUAUGCUUAACCGGACAGCAACCAUCAUUCUCGCGCAAUCCGACCCUAGGCUGCCGUCACCACGAGCUCGUCCGAGUCACCGUCGCUUCAGGCCACCAUCAUCUUCCUCGCGUACCAUCCUCAUCAACAUCGCGAAAUCGCCGCGACUUUUCUCUCUCAAGCCACCACGCUUCUCGCGCACCACCUGCAACCAAAGUCAGAAACAGAAAGUGCCGCUACUAUUGCGAAAUCCCAGUCGCGAUUCCGCCAUGCUUCCGCCAUUAAGCACACACCUGCACACACCUUCGAACCCUAAAACGCCCAAAUCGAACUCCAAGGCAGAACUCCACGCUGCAAAGCCUUCAGUCUCUCUGUCACCACCUUGCUGCGCCGCAACCGUUGUUGGGUAAUAUGGAACAAGGGUACCACCAAGCAUAGCAAUUGUUGCUGAGUAGAGAGGGUAUUGGAUACCCAUUUGGAUCAUCAAGCAGGAAUGGGGGCUCUGGUGGCAAGGUGAAGCAGAAUGCUUACAGAUUGCGGAAUUAGAUCUGACACCUCUUCGUUCAGAGUGGUGACUGUCUUUAAUUGCAUUUACACCUACCCACCAAAACGCUGAAAUGAACGAACCAGAAUUGGAACGCCUUCCCCUCUUUCCUUUACUUCUCACACUUCAAGGGCAAAGAAAUGAACAGCUCUUCUUCUUCUUCUGCUGCUGUUACUCUGGCACGCUCUCGACACUGAACGAGACUUGUGGAUACUUCGAUGGUUCUCUCAGUAGAGAUACAAAAGUACCUUGCCCUAUUGGUUGGGUUAUGGACCCUAACAAGACCAAAUGCUUUCUUCAUGUUGGGAGGCCUCAAUCUUGGAAUGACUCAGAAAUCUGUUGUAGUAAGUAUGGUGGACAUUUAGCUUCAUUGACAUCACUUCAGGAGCUACAAUUUGCUCAGAGCCUGUGUGGUGAAUCUGUGAAUAGUUGCUGGAUUGGUGGACAAAGACGCAACACUACAACUGGUUAUCAGUGGAUGUGGUCUGACAAUUCACCAGGGAAUAACUCCAUAUUUCCAUUGGAAAAUGUUCCUCCCCAUUGUAAUGGAACUGGACUAUCCUGUCAUGGAAACAAUACAGAUAGUCUGUGCACAGUAAUGACUAAUAAUUCAAACUCUCUCGUGAGUGAGAGAUGCGAUAAUCCUCACUCUUCUCUGUGUAUACUUGAUAUAGAUGCAGCGUGUAACCGGAUGCACUGCCAUAGGGAUUAUUACCUUAUCAUCCUCAUAGUAGUCAGUGCAUUGAUACUCUCCACAACAUUAGCAGUGGUAGUUUGGCUUCUUGUAUAUAAGCGGGGAAAGAAAAGAAGGCGGUCUAGAAAAAUAUCUGUUCCAGGAGCUUCUCUUCCAUCAUGGAAAGUCUUCACCAAAGAGGAGUUAAGGUCAAUUACGAAGAAUUUCAGUGAAGGUAAUCGUCUUGUUGGUGAUACCAAGACUGGUGGUACAUACAGUGGGGUUUUAUCAGAUGGUUCAAGGGUUGCAGUUAAGAGAUUAAAGAGGACAAGUUUUCAGAGGAAAAAGGAGUUUUAUUCUGAAAUUAGCAGGGUUGCUAGGCUUCGAUAUCCCAAUCUGGUUGCUGUGAUGGGAUGCUGCUAUGAUCAUGGUGAUCGCUACAUUGUUUAUGAGUUUGUAGCUAAUGGUCCCUUAGAUAAAUGGCUGCAUCACAUACCUAGGGGAGGUCGCAGCUUAGAUUGGGCUAUGAGGAUGAAAAUUGCUACAACGCUUGCUCAAGGAAUUGCGUUUCUGCAUGACAAGGUUAAGCCACAAGUGGUGCAUCGAGAUAUACGUGCAAGCAAUGUACUCCUGGAUGAGGAGUUUGGAGCACGCCUGAUGGGUGUUGGUCUGUCCAAGAUUGUGCCGUACGAAGUAAUGCAUGAGAGAACUGUCAUGGCAGGUGGAACUUACGGAUAUCUUGCUCCAGAGUUUGUGUAUAGAAACGAGUUUACAACAAAGAGUGACGUAUAUAGUUUUGGCGUCCUACUACUUGAAAUAGUAAGUGGACGUAGACCUACACAGGCAGUUGAUUCUGUUGGUUGGCAGAGUAUCUUUGAGUGGGCAACACCUCUUGUGCAAGUUCAUCGCUACCACGAACUCUUGGAUCCUCAUAUAACUUCAUCCUCUUCUAGCAUUAUCCCUGAGGCUAGUACCAUCCAAAAGGUGGUUGACCUUGUUUAUUCCUGCACGCAGCAUGUUCCUUCUAUGCGCCCUAGAAUGUCUCAUGUUGUUCACCAGCUGCAACAAAUUGCCCAACCACCUGCAAAGUAAAAGCUAAUCUUGACCUCAAAUUUCUGUAUUUAUAACUUACAAGUGGAGGCUUUUUGUGCUAAUACAUGUAACAGAUAUUUAUGUACUUUAACUUCCCCUUCUUUGGGAUCGAAAUUAGCUUUUUGUUAAAUCAAGUGGGAACUAGGGUUAGAAGAGGCAAAUUGUGCGAAACAAUAUUUGAAUUUUUAUACACGCAGGUGUAAUUGUACUAUUAAUUGAACUGUACUAUUGAAGAAUUGUUUGAGCAUAGAAGUGAUUCUUCAACAA